CCAAGGGAGCGCAGCCGCGUCUUGUCCUGCUCCCCGCCGUUCUUCGUCGCGGAGCCGCGACUGCUUUUAAAAAAGGAGGGUGAAAGUUUUGGCAGGUUGUUGGAGCCAAACAUGUCAAACGCCCAUCGGACAAAUGUGCUGGUCACAUCCUGUCUGAAAACGCCCGUGGACCCGCACACCAAAGUUCCGCUGGCCUCGUACGAGCGGCAGAGAGCCCUGCCGUCCACCGCGGCUCAUAUGGACAACCGCCACUAUGAAAAGGAAAUGGAGUGCGAGGACUCAGGUUCUGAGUUCAGUGAUGGGGACCUGGAAGAAAAUAACAGCCCUCUGAUGGUCAGGGACCACAUCAACCUGCACGAAAUCUUCUCCUCCAAUGAGGAAUACUACAGCAAACUAGAAGAGCUGAAGAAGGCGCACCUCCGCACCAUGGCCGAGCUAGAGGGCAUGUACCGCAAGAAACUGCAGCUUAAGUGCAAGGAUCCCAUAGACAUGACACAUGAGGCAGGGCACAGGUUACCGUGGGCGAUAAACAGCCCAUCUGCUCCGCGGCGUUUGAGGAAGUACCACUCUGCUAUGGAGCUCAGGAGAGGCACUGGACAGUUGAACUCAUCUGAUGAAGAGGGAGCUGCAAAUGACGAUGUUGAGAAAGGUCUGCUCUCCUCUCCCAAGGAACACAUCAAGAACAUGUGGAAGGACUUCAAGCUGUCCCCUCUCAACCGCCAUCUGUCCUGCUCCUCCCUCCAGAGCCUGCCAGGAAACGACGCCUCUGGCCAGAAGCAUCCAAACAGGAAGGGUCAGAAGAGGCAGCUGGGUAAAGACACACAACGGCACCAGCGGAAACACAGGAUGACCAUCCCCAAACCAUUCCAGAUGACCCUUCGAGAGGCGGAGAAGCAGCGGCGCGGCAUCAAGACACGUUCAGAGAUCGAGCUUGAGAAUGCGGAACUGCGGCGGCAGCUUGAGGAGCUAACAGAGUGCCAGAAGAAGUUCCGUGCCAGCCCCAUGCCUGCACACGUGCAUCUCCCACUCUACGAGGAGCUCCUGGAGCGGGAUGAGGAGCGGCGGCGUGCGACACGUGAGGGAGAGGGGCAGCACCCGGGCACCAUCCAGAAGCCCUUCAGCUUCCUGGAACGAGAACAACGGAAGAAAGAGCAAAAGGAGGAGCAGCUCCGCCAACUCCAGUCCUCUCAGGAGAAGGUGAAGCCCUUCAAGGCCAAGCCAGUGCCCAGGGCUGUGUAUGCAACAGCAUCCGGGGAGCAGAUGAAAGAGGAGCAGCUGUAUCGGUCCAUCAAGAUGCAGAUGAGGGCGAAGGAGAUGCUUUCCAGCUCAUCAAUGCCCCCCAGCAUGCUGACGCGAAGGCUCAGUGAGCGAAAGAAGACCAAUGACACAGCAGAUGGAAACAACACCUUUUCCCACAGCCCGAAGAUCAAAAGACAUGUCCCAGACUUCGAUGCCAGUUACCGCCGCUUCCAGAUGCAUCUAGAAAGCCGAAAGGAGGUGAGGCCUGUGACUGCAUGUGAACCCUUUCAGUUGAGGACGUCGCAUAUCUCCUCGCACCGUGAGCGCAUCCUGGCUGACAUUGAGAAGGAGCAGACCAGCCCCAGAAUGACCCGAUGGCCCCAUUUGAACUCAAGCCCCGUCUGCACCCCAAACUCCAGCCUCUGUUCCUCCCUCUCUGGCAGUCUGGAGCUCCUGCCAGCCAAAGUCACAGAUGCCACCAAGAAGCGUCAGGAGGCUGUGAGAAAGGUGCUUGAGCAGAGGAAAAAGGCAGCAGAGGAGGAGGAAAGCUGGCGAGAAAGGCAGAGGCAGCGGGAGAGGAAGCUGCAGAAGGUGGUGCUGAAGCGAGCACAGGCCAACGAUCCCCACCUAGCGCUCUCACAGACCAACCAGGCCAAGCUCAAAGAGUUCAGGAAACAAGAUCUGCAGCGCAGGAAGGAAUACCAGCAGGAGAUUAAAGAGAUCCGGGAGAGGGUGAAGGGGAGACCCCUGCUGCUGGAGCAGGUUGCACAGAGGAAUGCCAAGCAGGCGGCGGAGAAGCGAUAUGUCGAAGCCCUGCGUGGUUGUGGUCUGACGGAGGAUUCUAUAAGCAGCAAGGUGCCCAAGUCCCACCAACCCGACAGCCCAAGAUCCUCCCACAAGGCCUCCGUCUCCAGCCACUCCAGACCAAGUGACAAGGAAGAGCAUGAUACGGGACACACGCCUGUUCAUUACAGAAAGGUCUAUCUGGAUGAGGAGGAUUUAUGUGCAGACUCAGAAGAGCGGGAGGAUCCGAGUGACAAAUAUGAACUGGACAUGGAAGAAAGCGAAGGAGAGGACGUCAGACACUACACAGACGAUGACGAGCAAAGUGAUGACCGCCACGAUUCUGAUGACAGUUACCACUACUCAGACGACCAUGAGAAUUACUCAGACAACAGUGAACAGGACUCGGCCACGGAGGACAGGGAGCAGGAUGGCGAUCUCGCCAGUCGGUGUCACAGCCGUCAUAGUGACAGAAGUCAGAACAGCCAAGGCUCUGACAGGGACAGCAGGGAAAAAAUAAAUAAGGCCAGUGAUGAAUAAGAGGAAUGAAAAGGCUAUUUCUUUUUCUGUCGCAGUGUCUACAAACUAGAUAACAUGCAAGAGAUGUUGUGUACAAAAGCCAGUCGCCAAAAACCCCAAAAGAAGGCCAGAGUGCCACCACUGCCCUAUAGUCACAUUACACCUCGAAUGUACCAAUGAUUAGAAUUGAAAUGAAAGCAGGAAUUUUUAUGUUGUAUAGAAUGUUAAUGUUAAAUUUAUUAAAAAUAACGGUUCUCGGGGGAGAAAUGACAUCCUACCACGACAGACUGCUCAACCUUUGACCGUUAUAUCGUGGAUGCCCUUUAUGGGAACGUUUUCGACAGUGAUAAGGAUUUACAGCAUGGGAAUCUGUCAUAUUCUGUAAUUGUUUGACAUAUUUGUGCUUAUUACUUUCAAACAAAUCAAGACAAAUAAAAAGCCAUU